AUGCUGCGCGAAGUCAAGGCCAAGAACCCGCGCACUGCGCGCAUUCUUAAAGCGCGCGAGCCCCAACUCAUCGAGGGCCCUAAGAAGACACUCAUUCUCCAUGGCACAAAAUGCCCCCAGGCUCUCGACACCGUUCUGAAGACCUUCCACUCCCUUACGAAGCCGCACUCCGUCCUGUUUCACAAGAAGAAUGAGAAUAUUCAUCCGUUUGAGAACACCGAGAGCAUGGAGUUCUUGGCGAACAAGAAUGAGUGUGGUCUGAUGGUCUUUGGAAGCAGCAACAAGAAGCGCCCAAACUGCAUCACCCUCGCUCGAAUUUUCAACUCACAAUUGCUCGACAUGUGUGAAAUGCUGCUCUUGCCUCCGCAGGACCCCCAAGCCAUCCCCCCCAUCAACGAGUUGGUUAUGCACGUUGGACUUGGGCUGCGCCCGAUGAUGCUGUUUGCCGGUAGCCUGUGGGAGGAUCCAACUUCCUCAGCGCACGUCAUGCUUAAGAGCUUUUUCCUCGACAUGUUCAAGGGUGAAGAGACCAACCAGAUUGAUGUCGAGGGUCUGCAGUACGUUCUGAUGGUCGGCGCCGAGGAGCCCCGUGAUAACCUGUCUCCGGUCAUCCACCUCCGCUGGUACAAAGUCAUCACCAAGCGCAGCGGCCACAAGCUUCCUCGUGUUGAGUUGGAGGAAGUUGGACCAAAGUUCGACUUCAAGAUUGGCCGUAUGCGUUCGGCUACACCCGAAGCCAUGAAGGAGGCCAUGAAGCAGGGCAAGCGUCCCAACGAGGAGAUCAAGAUGAAGAAGAACAUCAGCAUGGACUUGGUUGGUGACAAGGUCGGCCGUGUUCACCUUGGCAAACAGGAUCUGGGCGGUCUUCAAACCCGCAAGAUGAAGGGUCUGAAACGCCGGGCCGGCGUGGAGUCAGAUGAGGAGGACGAGGAGAUGAUGGAUGUGGACGAAAUCUCGGAGGAUGAAGGCCACAAGAGGGCCCGGGUGGACUAG